UGUGUUGUCUGCGCAUAGUUAAAGACAGAGUGGUACUGUGGCAGGCAGCAACGGAGUCCGUCGGGAGGUAGAAAUGGCUAAUGAGGCACUAAUGUCAGCUGCCUUGGCUAGAUCACAGUCUUUUCACACCUUUAAUACACCACAGACUUCAGUAAAUAAAAGUGGCAAUAAUUUAGAAUGUCGUGUGUGUGAAGAUGGGUUCAGCUUAGGAGGUGAUAAAGUGCCUCGCCUUCUGUUCUGUGGCCACACACUCUGCCACGCCUGUCUGCUUCGGCUCCCUACACAUGACAACAAUAUUCAUUGCCCAUUCGAUAGACAGCCUACACCAAUAGGUGCAUCAGGUGUAUGGGGUCUAAAGAAAAAUUUUGCACUCCUGGAACUGCUGGAAAGACUGUCACUGUCCCGCUCUGAUGCCGUUCUCCUUCCAGAGGUCCUCAUAAAACAACGAGAGCUGGGUAUAUCUUGUGAUGAGGAUGAAGAACAUUUAGCUGUCCUCUAUUGUACUGUGUGUGCAUCCCACCUAUGCUUAGAGUGCUCCGAACGGACCCACGCCACCAGAACACUCCACAAACAUAAACGCAUCCCGUUAUCUGAAAAACCUCGUGAAAAACCAAGGUGUGCUGAUCAUUCCUUUCAUCCAGUGGAGUUUGUAUGCCUAGAGGAAGGGUGUCACGCAGCCCCUCUGAUGUGUUUCAUAUGCAAAGAUUACAAGCAUACAAAACACAAGCACAUAUUGUUGGAACAAGAAGCUGAGAGGAUCCGUUCCACCAUCAACACAGCUAUUCAGCAUAUAAAAAGAGUAGCUCAAGAACUUACUGAUUCAGCUCAUAAGUUAGAGAGUGUGGCUCGACAGCUGGAAGGAUCUCAAAAUGACACUGGGCCAGCUGAAAUUGAUACUGGUGGAACUGCCGAGGAAGCACGAGCACGUGUGAAACAGUACUUUGCUCAACUGAGAGAUCAACUUAAUCGUCAAGAAACACAGGCCAUGACAGUACUGGAUGCACACAUUCGUGAAAGGUUAUGCUCCAUACGUCAACAACAAGAGGACAUGACCACACUCUUAUCUCAAAUGGUAGCUGUGGUGGUUGAUGGAGAACGUGCUAUUCAGCAAGAUGAUGGUCGGUUGAUCAUGGCCUCACAGGAUCUGUCUGCUCGACUGGCUCAUGUCACUUCUCAGGAACAGCAGUUGGCUCAGUUAGCGUCACUAGUCCCAGAUCCAGCUAUACCUAUAACCUUUACAAAGGAUAAUCGUAUUCACAUUGGAGCCAGAAUAGAAAUGCGUGUGGUAACUCUUGGUCUUGAUGGUGCAGGCAAGACAUCCAUUCUCUUUAAACUAAAGCAGGAUGAGUUUGUCUCAACAAUACCCACCAUUGGUUUCAAUGUGGAAACCAUUGAGUACAAAAACUUUAAGUUUACAGUAUGGGAUGUAGGGGGUCAGCCAAAGCUGCGGCCUCUCUGGCGACACUAUUACUUCAACACCCAAGCUGUUAUCUUUGUUGUGGAUGCGACAGAUGUUGACAGACUUCCAGAGGCUCAGUCAGAACUAACUAAGCUUAUGACGGAACGAGAACUGAAGGAUGCUUCACUUCUCAUUUUUGCAAAUAAAGAGAAUUGUGAGCAAGCACUGGGAAUGGCAGCCCUUACUGACAGCUUAGGAGUUCACAAACUGUGUCUUGGGCGGUCAUGGCACAUCCAGCCUUGUGAUGCCCAGUCAGGAACUGGUUUACACCAGGGUCUAGACUGGCUAGCACGGCAGCUGGUGCCCUCAGAAGUUCUCAAUUCUGCUGGAUGAUCCUAUUAUCCCUGAAACAUGAAGUGAAGAAUAAGACUAGCAAUAUUUUUAAUAUAGUACAGUAUAACUAAGUAAAUAUAGUACAGAGAAAUUUAAUAUAUUUUAAACAAGAUAGAGUUUGAUGAGCAUACUGUUAGGAAUUCUUGACAAAAUACUGUGGUAGUAUUAGGGAAACAAAGUUAAAAAUUAUAAAUUAUUCUUGAACAGUUUUAUUGAAGAAAACCUAGUAAAGGAUGAGGAACUUGCCCUACACCAAUAGACUUGUAACAAAGAAAAUCUUUAAUUUAUACAGAAAAAUAGUUACAUUGUUAUAGUCCUGAAGUAAAUCCCUUCCAGUUCAAGGGACUAUAGUGUUUUAAAAUGAAGUAGAUACAUGAUGUUUUGUAUUAUAAUACAAAAUGUCAAAUGUCUACUGAACAGCCCAUAUCAUUUUUCUUGUUAAAAUUAGAAUUUUCAAUAUACACUGAUGUUCAUUGGAGGACAGAUAACAUAUGGACACACAUAAUUAGAUUAUAUCUUUAUGUACAGUUGCCAGCAAAAGUCCUCCCACAACUUGCUACACAGGGCUGUGGGAUAACCUUGCUGGCAACUGUACAUGUCAUUUCCUGCAUGUAGAGCAGAUUGUUCUUAGCUAAAUAUCCUAUAAAUGCCAUGGUCACUGUACAUUUAAAUUGACUCAUCAACAGUGUUUGAAUAUUAGGCAAAGAUCAAUCUCUGUAAGUUUGGAAAAUUUGUAUUACUGUAUAUUUAAGUUAGUUCAAAUGUGUAGCUUAGUUAAAGGCUUUAACCACAACCACAUUUACCUUAGAGAAAUAGAAAUCGCCAUCCUUGCUGCUCAAGAUAUUGUACUAAACUUUGUUCUUUAAUGGUAGUCUAAAUCUAGACAGUUCAGGCUUUUAUGUAUUUAAUAAUUUUUAUGUAGACAGUUUUAUACUUUAUUUA